AUGCCACCCCUUCACCUUCUCACUGCUCACUCCCAUUCCGCCUUUUUUCCUUCCCCUCCCCCACUCUCCACCCCUCUUCCUCCCCCGCGCCCCCCUUUUCCCCCGUUCUCCUCUCUCCCUUGUAACCCCAUUCCGUCAAUCUAUUCGCGAAUACGUCUUACUCGAACUCAAGACGUCGCUGCUUUGCUGCUGCGCGCGUUGCGGCGGUCGAACGAGGUGACGCUGCUGGCGCCGUCGCCCGACGCGGCGAAGGCGGAGCUUCCCGACGGCUCGCCAUUGGUGAAGAGCAAGAAGGCGAUGCGCCGCCUCCUGCGCUACUGCCUCGUAUUGGGCCGUCUCGUCUCCUACACCAACCUCGUCGAAGAUCCCGCGGGGACUAAGUAUCCGACAAUGUACGGGCAGCCGCAGGUCAAAUCCGCAGAAAGCUCUUUUUUCACGGUGUACUUUCGAACGCCCUCGGGAAAAGAGAACAGCACGCUCGUAGCCCCGAACCUGUUCGAGGGGAAAUUCCUCCAGGUGCACCUUGUAUCGGAUGUGCUUAUACCGGAUGGUUUUUUCGGCUCCCCGUCACCCCCGCCGGAGGAAGACGAUCCGGCCGGCGACUCGCCACCGCCGGCGGAAACGGGCAGCGCGGGCGCGGCGUCUACUCCGCCGGCUCCCCCGCCGCCCGCGCUCACGGGCAUGACGCCCCGCACACCAUGA